AUAUUUUAGUAAAGCUUUUUUUCCGGUAAAACGCUGCCCAGGAGGGCCCAAUGUUAUGAAUAAAAAGUACAGUGGGUGGCAGUGCAAUGUUGGUUACGAUGUUUCAGCCAAUGAAUGAACAGAGACCAGUGUUUACGACCUUUUUACGACAAUGUUCUUUAUUUCCCGUGUUUACCUCCAAACCCUGUUCAAUGCCAGAGAUGCCCAACGCUAUAUAGUUGCAAAAGCGGCAUCGGAUGGAAGCUUUGACGAGAAACGGUUAGUAAUGUUACUCAUAGAAACAAAUUCCUUGUCCGAGACCUAGCAUACAUUUGGUGUAUAAUUUUGUCUGAAAACGUUAUUCAUACGCUCCAUUGUUUACAUUUUGGUUGCACGUUCUUUGAGGGUUGUGUAAAGCAAUUUUGAAGUUCAGUUUGCAUAAUCUCACGAGUCUGAUAUUUAGAGGCAUUUAAGUCACAUUUCCACCAACAAGCUGUAGUUAUCUGUUCAUAUAGUAGAAAUCCGAGAGAAAUACUUGACCUGGAGGCGAAAGAAACGCACGGCUGUUUAGGCGAGGUGCUGGCUAGCGGAAUGUAACGCUUGAAAAAGAAGUUGAGCCGCACACUCUCUAUGAGCUCAGAUGCAAUCAUUUAAUAACCCAAUAACCAACGUUUCGACAGUCAAGCUGUCUUCCUCAGGGUAUAAUGGCAAAAACUGCGGGUCACUAGUUUAUAUAGUGUCAAAGGACACACAGGUGUCUGUAAUCAUGGCCGGGUGUGGCUUGAUAUCAUUGGUGGCUUUACAGAUAUAAAUAGAACAUAUUAAAAAACAUAAAUGGAUAUACCAUCAUAGAUACAAUUUGGCUACAUAAGCCUACAAACAUUUACAAUGACUAGCAAAAUCACAAGAAUGGUGCUAAGAUGCUCCGAGAUUCGUACUUUUAAUUUGCGCUUCGUUUUCGUUUUACCCACAUCAUUUUUACCACAAUGACAAGUUAUAAGAUAAAUAACUGCCUUAGUGGAGCACUUGAUAACAACUUUGUUUGGGAUCUGUUUCCCUGUGUGGGGGUGUUUGAAGGAUCUACAUUUGUAAGUGCCAUUGCAUUGAGCGCAGCCAUUACACUUGUAGUUUCCAUCUGGAAGAGGCGCAAAUAGACGUUGUGCAGGGGUAUUGUGGGUAAAUCAGAGUUUUACCAAUUGAUCUCUGAGAUUUCUGCACCGCGGGAAUACGACCAAGGGAGGGUCAGAAAAUACAUUCCCAAUACUGUCAUUGGAUCUUAGAAUUUUUCCUUGGACUACUCAUAAGAUACCAGUGGUGGGCCGUCAGGGCCUGCAAGGCCUUCUCUGCUGGCCUAAACAUCAUCAGAAUAUAUAUAUUUUUUUUAAUAUAUUUUCCCACAAAUAUGUAUUAAAUUAUUCCCCAGAGUAAGCGUUAUACUCUUCAUUUCAUAGCUUUCCUCUUGGUUGCACUGCUUCCAGCCCCAGGUUGAGAUUUUGAGGGCUGGUCUUUAUGUUAGAUCUUUUAUCCAAUCAUAUUCAGCCAUCAUGUGUUGCCAGGGGUCUAAAAUCUGCCCUCAGGCCUUCAGAAUCAACAGUGCGGGCGCUUGUAGCUUAUAGUGAAUGGAAAUGAAAAUGUAGUGUCAACCAAUCAGCUUUAGAGUUGGCUAUUGUACGCCUUCUGGCUGGCUCCAGUGUUACACAGGAGCCAGCUAGCAGGCGUAGUGCGUGCACAUCUUUUGAUUGGAUUACCAAUAUUGAGAGGCAGGUCCUAUGGAGAUCUAGGAAACUGAAUUUGAUAAACUAAUUAAUUUGCGUACUACUAAGCUGUUUUUUCAACCCACAAUGGCGGAAGGAGGAGAAGAUAUCGAUUUGGUCGAGGAUAUAAUUAUAACGCCAUUCUCAAGACGAACUUUUCAAGAAAAGUUGGACAUUGUAAGGAGAGGUCGCCCGACGCCACAAAGCCUGUCACAGGCGGGAAAGUGCUUUGUUCGCUCGCCACUUUCAAAGUUUCAACUACGAGCGCUGUCAAUGGCUCCUUGGCUCCGAUAAGCACUGCAAACUGUACUGCUGGGAAUGCCUAUUAUUUGCAAGUGAUCGAUUUGGUGUUUGGAGCCACACUGGCUUUGCAAACUUGAGUUGUCUAACCAAGGCAGCAACGAGACACCAAAGUACGGCUGGGCACUAACAAGCAAUGGUGCUUUUGAAAACUUUUGGGGACACCGGAGUGGAUCUACAGCUCAAAGAACAAACGCGCAGGGCAACGGAGCUGCACAAUGAAAAGGUCUCCCUCUCCCCCUAUCAUCUCUGCGUCUGUUAGUUCCUCCACUGCGGCUGGUGUCUGCAGCUCUAUGGCAAGUUGUUCAGCAGAGAGACGUAAUGGACUACGGGUUGGUGGAGGAGUUUGUCACCACUGUGUUGGAGAUAGUUCCUGAUAUGAUGAGUUACAGGGAGAGAGUCCAACUCAUCAUGGGGCUGCGAGCACAGCUGGUUCUGGAGUUGUGUCGCUCUGAUCACCUAGCCAACCCUGAGACCAUCCAGCCACACCUGAACAGGAUGAACACCUGUAUCAUCACUCAUAGUGACAAGGAGAUUUCUGAUCCAGAGGUGGAAGCGUCAGAAUCAAACUUCCUGAAGCUGAUUCAAACUCUGCUGGAAGACCCAGUUGAGAAAGAACACUUCUUUCAGAGUGUGUUUCCAGAGGAAUUUGGCCCAAAGUAUGACUCAGCACUGCAGACUCUGGUGUGGGAGUUCCUCUCCAGGCUGGAGAAGCUGCUUCCAGCACCAACCCUUCAACAGACUGCAUCUUGGUUCCUACCUGAUCCCUCUGUCUUGGAGGAGUGUGUGGAGUGUGUAUCCCACCCUCAGCCUUUGAAGACCCUUCUCCAGCACCACAACAACACAUGUGGACAUGUAGACACCAAUGGUCUGUUUUCUGGCAACAAUCAAAUCCCAAUCAAAGCUGACCCAGAGGUCCAAUCAGAACCUGUGCAGCAAUGUAUUCGCCAUGUCUCAUCUGACAAUGAGUCAGAGAUGACCCCUUUGUUGGAACUGGGGAUUGAUUCAGACCGAACUGUAAAUAAAGAGGUGGGGCCUGUGCACAAAGAGGUGGGGCCUGUGCACAAAGAGGUGGGGCCUGUGCACAAAGAGGUGGGGCCUGUGCACAAAGAGGUGGAGCCUGUGCACAAAGAGGUGGAGUCUGCUUCUUUAGAGGUAGGGCAUAUAUACAAUGAAACUACAGAAAAAAACAUUAAACACAACACACCAGGUAAAGAGCUAGCAAAAGAGAUUAAAAAUGAUACAUAUUAUCACCACCUUAACACUGACAGUGGGCUGAAAAUCCAAGGAAAAGCCCACAGCAGCCAACAGGAAGUGCAGGACAUUUCUUGUUUGUCUACUUCCUGUUGGCUCCAUCAGCCAACAGUGCUGCUACACAGACUUGACAUUACUGAUAUGAAGAGACCUCUGACACAGGUAGCAGCAACACCGAGGAGAGAGAGGCUUCAGAUUGACAAAGCGGGAUCCCAAGGACAGAGCAGAGGACAGGUCAAAUCACAAAAGAGUGAGAGGAAUAUCAAUGAAGAGCCCUCUGAUGGUCAACCUCAGUAUUCUCUGGCCCCUGACCCAUCCCCUACCUCAGAGCAGCCUAAAAGAAGCAAGCGUGUCAAAAUAUGCUCCUUGUGUAGAAAGACUUUCAGCGAAGCAAAGGAUUUGACGGCACACAUGAGAUCUCACAAUGAGCAGAGCCCUUACAAGUGCACCCAUUGUGGACAAGACUUUGAACACCAUGAGGACUUACAGAAACAUCAGCAGAAUGUGUGUGAGGAAGCAGCUCAACCAGAAGAGGACAACAUGUCUACGACAUCCAUGGAGGAUCAGACGGAGCUAGCAUGCACAGAGCAAUCAGAGUCGUCCAAAGCCAGGACAUGCCGUGUGUGUCAUAAAACUGUCUAUAGUAGAAAUUAUUUGAGAAAGCACCUGAAAUCCCAACAUGGUCAACUCCUGAAGAUACACAAGAAACACAAAACGUUUUUCUGUUGCACUAUGUGUAAUAAGUCCUUUGAUCUUUCUGAGCCAAACAAGUGUGAGGUGAACCAAGAGCAACUCCCCAGGAAGGCACAACCAGAGGCCAACACACUUACAGCUACAGUGAUACCGCAGCCCUCAAGCACUACAUCCCACAACCCAACAACCUCCAAUGCUCUGCCCAUUCAGGCACAGUUCUACAAUGACUACAGAACAUGUCUUUUGUGCAGUGAAACUUUCGAUACUGCAGAGACCAUGAGAAAGCACCUAAGAUUUCAACACAAUAUACUGUCUUACUUGUGCCACGAUUGUGGGGAAAGUUUCCCAAGCAAAUUAGAUCUUCAGAAACACUCAAAGAAUUGUUUGAGUAUUCCAGAUUCAAGAAAAUGUCAUGAGUGCAGGAAAAUUACUUCUCAAACAACACAGCCGCAGGCCAAAAUUUGUCUGGAGAUUAACCAAAGACAACAGCAACUACCUGCAGCGGGAAAUGCGAUGGAGAUCCCUCAGUCCUGCAACACAAACGUUAACUACUUAUAUGACUUGCAGCAAUGCCAGCCAAAGGAGUGUGAGGAGAUUCACUUUCAGAGAGGACAGCAAGACUGGAAUGAGGAGGUUGAUCCAAACCAGCAUCCAGAGGAGGUUGAUCCAAACCAGCAUCCAGAGGAGGUUGGUCCAAACCAGCAUCCAGAGGAGGUUGAUCCAAACCAGCAUCCAGAGGAGGUUGAUCCAAACCAGCAUCCAGAGGAGGUUGAUCCAGACCAGCAUCCAGAGGAGGUUGAUCCAGACCAGCAUCCAGAGGAGGUUGGUCCAAACCAGCAUCCAGAGGAGGUUGAUCCAAACCAGCAUCCAGAGGAGGUUGGUCCAGACCAGCAUCCAGAGGAGGUUGGUCCAAACCAGCAUCCAGAGGAGGUUGAUCCAGACCAGUAUCCAGAGGAGGUUGGUCCAAACCAGCAUCCAGAGGAGGUUGGUCCAAACCAGCAUCCAGAGGAGGUUGGUCCAAACCAGCAUCCAGAGGAGGUUGAUCCAGACCAGCAUCCAGAGGAGGUUGAUCCAGACCAGCAUCCAGAGGAGGUUGAUCCAGACCAGCAUCCAGAGGAGGUUGAUCCAGACCAGCAUCCAGAGGAGGUUGAUCCAAACCAGCAUCCAGAGGAGGUUGAUCCAGCGGACAGAAGCAGUUCUCUGGUUCCAAGGGAGAAUGGGACAGAUAUUCCCCAGAGCCAUAGCACUUCACCCCAGAACCCAACAACCCCCGAUGCUCCCCCCACUCAGACGCAGCCACCUGGCAUCUCCCCCCCAGCCUCGCUAAAAUCUAGAACAUGCCCUUUGUGCUCAAAAUGUUUUGCUUAUAAGAAGACCAUGAUGCAGCAUCUGAGACGUCAUUCACAGGGUCAGGGACCCUUCAUGUGCACCAUAUGUUCAAAGAGCUUUGGUACCGCCAGUGAUUUGAAGAGACAUCAGGGAAUUAAGAGCGGUUGUGGGCCAAAUCAUCGUAAUCUCGUCGUACCUGAGAAUGCUCCCACAGAACAAAAAACUGUCUUCUCCUGCCCCCAUUGUCAGGGACAGUACACGAGUGAAAAAAAAAUGAAAGCACACAUGGUAUGUCACACAGGAGAGGGGUUCACCUGUAGGUUUUGUGGCAAGAUAUUUGCUGAAGAUAAGAAAUUACGCAAUCCUGUUCGUUCUCAUAUUGACAGACGACAUCUAUGUGACACAUGUGGUAAAGAUUUUACAUCUCUGUCUAACUUGAAAAAACACACACUUGUACACACAGGAGAACAGCCGUACAUUUGCACAGACUGUGGCAAAAGUUUUAGUCUGAAGGGUAACCUGAAAGUCCAUCAACAGAGUCAUACAGGAGAGCGGCCAUUUGCAUGCACAAUGUGUAAAAUACGCUGUUUCACUCAGACUCAUCUAAAACGACAUAUGUUGAGGCACACAGGAGAGAAGCCUCAUAAGUGUUUGGCUUGUGGGAAGACAUUUCAACGGAAAAACACAUUGAGGAAACAUCAGCAAGAUUCGUGUUCUUAGUUCUUGGCUUUUACACACUGCCUUCUGAGAUGCAGACUCAGUCAUACUUUUUUCGCUCAACAUUGACACCAUUUAGUUGAUGACAUUAAUGGCUUGCAAUUGGUUCUAGGUUCUAGUCAACAGACAAAUAGGCAUCCAUCUUUUGCUACUCUCCCUUUUUGCACAUUUGUAAUAUCUAGCAGUUUUGUGUGUGUAUGUAUGUAUGUAUGUAUAUAUAUAUAUAUAUAUAUAUAUAUAUAUAGUGGGGAGAACAAGUAUUUGAUACACUGCCGAUUUUGCAGGUUUUCCUACUUACAAAGCAUGUAGAGGUCUCUAAUUUUUAUCAUAGGUACACUUCAUCUGUGAGAGACGGAAUCUAAAACAAAAAUCACAUUGUAUGAUUUUUAAGUAAUUCAUUUGCAUUUUAUUGCAUGACAUAAGUAUUUGAUCACCUACCAACCAGUAAGAAUUCCAGCUCUCACAGACCUGUUAGUUUUUCUUUAAGAAGCCCUCCUGGUCUCCACUCAUUACCUGUAUUAACUGCACCUGUUUGAACUCGUUACCUGUAUAAAAGACACCUGUCCACACACUCAAUCAAACAGACUCCAACCUCUCCACAAUGGCCAAGACCAGAGAGCUGUGUAAGGACAUCAGGGAUAAAAUUGUAGACCUGCACAAGGCUGGGAUGGGCUACAGGACAAUAGGCAAGCAGCUUGGUGAGAAGGCAACAACUGUUGGCGCAAUUAUUAGAAAAUGGAAGAAGUUCAAGAUGACGGUCAAUCACGCUCGGUCUGGGGCUCCAUGCAAGAUCUUACCUCGUGGGGCAUCAAUAAUCAUGAGGAAGGUGAGGGAUCAGCCCAGAACUACACGGCAGGACCUGGUCAAUGACCUGAAGAGAGCUGGGACCACAGUCCCAAAGAAAACCAUUAGUAACACACUACGCCGUCAUGGAUUAAAAUCCUGCAGCGCAUGCAAGGUACACUGCCUUGCGGGGGGCUCAAGCCAGCGCAAGGUGUCUUUUAUACAGGUGCAGUUAUUACAGGUAAUGAGUGGAGAACAAGAGGGCUUCUUAAAGAAAAACUAACAGGUCUGUGAGAGCCGGAAUUCUUACUGGUUGGUAGGUGAUCAAAUACUUAUGUCAUGCAAUAAAAUGAAAAUGAAUUACUUAAAAAUCAUACAAUGUGAUUUUCUGGAUUUUUGUUUUAGAUUCCGUCUCUCACAGUUGAAGUGUACCUAUGAUAAAAAAAAUGACAGACCUCUACAUGCUUUGUAAGUAG